CGCUGGAGUCACGUGACCAGGCGUUCCAAGAUGGCGACUGGUACUUUCGCUGCUUAGCUAACUCCGCUGUUUACAAUCAUCACAACAUGGCGUUUCAACGCGCCCACGAAGACUUCGUUAAUAAUUCCACUUUUUUUACUGUCAUGAAGUGAAUAAAUACACGGCGUUUUGUGGCGAAGACGAAAUAUUAAGAGGAAGAGAGUAGAGAACACUAGCAAUGGUCGUCAUAUUGUAGAACAGGACCCAGCAAUGGCGUUAAGAGAGUUAAAAGUUUGUCUUUUGGGGGACACUGGAGUUGGCAAGUCAAGUAUCGUGUGGAGGUUUGUGGAGGACAGUUUUGACCCAAACAUCAACCCAACUAUUGGGGCUUCUUUUAUGACCAAGACGGUGCAAUACCAAAACGAGCUGCACAAGUUCCUGAUUUGGGACACGGCAGGACAGGAGCGGUUCCGAGCUCUGGCGCCAAUGUACUACAGAGGUUCUGCAGCGGCCAUCAUUGUUUAUGACAUCACAAAAGAGGAGUCCUUCCAGACUUUGAAGAACUGGGUGAAGGAGCUGCGUCAGCAUGGUCCUCCUAAUAUCGUAGUGGCCGUCGCUGGCAACAAAUGUGAUCUGUCAGACGCCAGGGAAGUCUUGGAGAAGGACGCCAAGGACUAUGCCGACUCCAUCCAUGCCAUAUUUGUAGAGACCAGUGCCAAGAAUGCCAUUAACAUCAACGAGGUGUUUAUAGAGAUAAGUAAACGCAUCCCAGUUGCGGACGCGGCGGGGGGAACGUCGGGGAAAGCUUUCAAACUGGGGCGGCAAGCAUCGGAGUCUCGCAGGACGUGCUGCUGAUGAUGUCGGGUGACUUAUCCCACUGGUGACCCGUGUCACCUGACCUUUGCUUAACCUCAUUUCUCCGUCCUUUUAAUCACACACACAAGCAUGCGAUUGAAAAAAAAAAAAUACAUAAAAAAAAAGUUGGCGGAAGUGAAAGAAGAAAACCUACACGUACCGUACAAUAUGCAGACUUGUGGAUGAGAAGUUGUAAUCUUUAUUUUUGAUAGCUCUUUUAAUAACUGUUUCAAUGCAGUGUGUGUGCAAUCAGUAAUUUGUCAUUAUGGAUUCCUUUUGUUUGGAAAAGGUGGGUGUAAACCCACAGUACACAGGCCUUUUUAUAAUAUACAGAGUUUUUAUAUUGUGUCUUGCAUCGAUAUUUAGCUCGUAAGCACGAUAUGAUUGAAAGUAAUCGGCUUUUUGUGGUGACAAACUGACAAGUCUUUGUAGACGCUAACUCUGUUUGUGGUCGCCGGCACUUUGCUUGCACUUUGUAACAAUGUAGAGCAGUGGUUCUUAACCUUGUUGGAGGCACCCAACCCCACCAGUUUCAUAUGCGCAUACACCCAACCCGAACCGUAAUCAUAAAAUGAUGUUAUUAUAUUAAAGAAAUACUAAUAAAGGUAUAUUUCACAAACAGAAAGUUACAGGAAUGUACACAUGAUCCCAUGUUUACAUCUCAUUGUGCAACACAUGAAUGAUUUAGUGGGAACUAAAUGCGAUAUCUGAAAGGGGUACACAUUAUAUCCAAAGUAGGACCCCCCGCCCAGACAUAUAAUACUAGUACACAGCUCAUGAAAAACAAUAUGUUAUAGUCAUUGUAAGUGGGCCAAAACAUUUAUAUUAGAAAAUAAUCUCAUGGAAAUGACUGCCGUCAUUUGAUUACAAUAAUAAAACAUUGAACUUGUUAUUUAGUCAGGUUUGGGACAGGUGUGCUGCAGGUGUGCUGCAGGUCUGACGUCGCUCACAUGUGCUCCACUGAAUGCUCGAGGAGUUUUUGCGUUUGCUCACACAUAUGGAAAAUUAGAGGGAACAUUGUUUGGGGGUAUCCAUAAUACGGUGACAGGGAGAAGUUUUUAUUUACACGAUAAGUCGGGCAUGUCUUGACCUCCACGGCGGAGGCUUUGCCGAACCCCUGAGGCCGGCUCACCGAACCCCUAGGGUUCGAUCGAACUCAGGUUAAGAACCACUGAUGUAGAGUCUUCACUUUCUAUAUUUUGGUGCAGUGAGGAACAAUAAGAAGAAGCUACACAAAAAUGCGUCGACCCCAGGACACACCUCCGCUCUGAUCUGCUUUUCCCGAUUGUACAACACUUGAGUAUUUCGGUAAUCUGUACACGUUGAACUUGAUGGGAACCUCAAACGUAUGUAACUUCAUGUUCUUUGCUGCAGCCUUCUUCAUGAUGCAACAGUUGUUUUUACGUCAGAUGCUAACACGUAACAUGUUAAAGGGGAAGUGCACUUUUUUUUAAAAUUUUGCCUGUCGUUCACAAUCAUUAUGAGAGACAAGAACACACGUCUUUCUUUCUUUUUAGGAUUCUGAAGACGAUAAAAGACGCUUGCAAGAUGCAGCUAAUGGAAGUCCCCAUUGUAGCCUUCAAAGCCCUCUAAAAGACAACUUCAAAACCCUCAUUCAACGUUUUAUAUACACACUACAAGUCUAUAUAUAAUGUAGUAACAGACACGUUCAUAACGAUAUGUAGGUAAUAUGUUCAAUAUUUACUGUAUUUUGAUAAUUUUAUGCAUUAGCGAAACUUAUUUCCUUAGCGCAUUUAUUUCCGUUCCCAUAGCAACACACUUCCAGCAACAAAUAUAUGUUCCUACUUCUGGAAACAAACGCGAGUGUGUUCUAAUCAUGACAGACUUGGUAACAGACGUAGAAGAUGACUAUUUUUUUUAGACAAAUGAGGAUUUACAACUAGGGAUGUCCGAUAAUAUCAGACUGCCAAUAUUAUCGGCCGAUAAAUGCUUUAAAAUGUAAUAUCGGAAAUUAUCGGUAUCGGUUUAAAAAUUAUCGGUAUCUGUUUCAAAAAAUAAAACGUAUGACUUUUUAAAACGCCGCUGUGUACACGGACGUAGGGAGAAGUACAGAGCGCCAAUAAACAUUAAAGGCACUGCCUUUGCGUGCCAGCCCAGUCACACAAUAUCUACGGCUUUUCACACACACAAGUGAAUGCAAAGCAUACUUGGUCAACAGCCAUACAGGUCACACUGAGGGUGACCGUAUAAACAACUUUAACACUGUUACAAAUAUGCACCACACUGUGAACCUACACCAAACAGGAAUGACAAACACAUUUCGGGAGAACAUCCGCACCGUAACACAACAUAAACACUACAGAACAAAUACCCAGAACCCCUUGCAGCACUAACUCUUCCGGGACGCUACAAUAUACACCCCCCACCUCAACCCCGCCCCCAACCCCGCCCAACUCAACCUCCUCAUGCUCUCUCAGGGAGAGCAUGUCCCAAAUUCCAAGCUGCUGUUUUGAGGCAUGUUAAAAAAAAAAAAAAGCACUUUGUGACUUCAAUAAUAAAUAUGGCAGUGACAUUUUGGCAUUUUUUUUUCCAUAACUUGAGUUGAUUUAUUUUGGAAAACCUUGUUACAUUGUUUAAUGCAUCCAGCGGGGCAUCACAACAAAAUUAGGCAUAAUAACGUGUUAAUUCCACGGCUGUAUAUAACGUAUCGGUUGAUAUCGGAAUCGGUAAUUAAGAGUUGGACAAUAUCGGAUUAUUGGAUAUCGGCAAAAAAGCCAUUAUCGGACAUCUCUAUUUACAACCUUAUCUUUUUGAAGCUGAAUAUACGGAGGAUGAACUGCUGGUGAGGUUAGCGUAACUUGACGGUGUAAAUGUGGAAUUUGGAGCCGAGCUACUUUGACAUAAAUGGAGUGUUUACCCAAAAUAAACCUGAAAAAAACGUUCUCGGUUAGCUUGACCAAGAGGAUAUCUGUCCAUCUUGUGAGUCACUAUAAUAUUGAUUAUGAUACACGCAGCACGUCAUGCGUGUUAGUACAACUACAGUACUGUCGAGCUAGCUGUGUACAAACAAAACUUGAAAUGUGGACUAAUACUUUACAGAUACUGUAAUAUGAUUGUUCAUGUUUUUCAGUCAGUACAGAUCAGUGUCCUAUCGCAUUGUGCUGUGCAUUACAAUCUCAAAAGCCGUUCAGCUUAUGGCUGAUAUAGUAGCAUGCCGUCGUAAGACGACGUGUUACUACGCUAGAAAAACAGUUCCUCAGUGUUCGCUCUUACAAUAACAAUGUGGCUACAGCUUGGUUAUUAUACAAGUUACGGAACGUAAAUGAAGUAUUGUUGGUGGUUUUUAGAUGCAUUUUUAAAGUGAUUUAGAGGCAGAAUGGAUUGUUCCCAUGAACUGCAUUUCUAGUCACCUAGAAAGAGCCUAUUGUUACAAGUUAGAAUGCAAAAAAAAACCAAACCUUUUGUCUUCUUGUUUCUCAAAGAUUGUGAACAAUAGGCAAAAUUGUAUAAAUAAGUGCAGUUCCCCUUAUGGAUUUCUGGUGACCGUUGUAAAUAGUUAAAGAGGGACUGCUCUUUAAAAAAAUUUUGCCUAUUGUUCAUAGUCCUUAUGAGAGACAGGAACACACAUGUUUUUUAUUUAUUUUUUUAUAUUCACAUUUUUAAUAAUUUUCUCAUUCUAGGUCCCUAGCAUUGGUGCUAAUGGGAGUAAUCAAUUUUGCCUCUAAAUCACUAUAAAUGCACCCAAAAAGCGCUAAAUAUACUCCAUUUACAUCUCAUGACCUGAAUAUUAACCAAAUAUAAGCAAUAUUGUUAUUAUCAGGCAUGUGAAAUGUUUGCGUAAACGCAGAAAUCCGCAUUUUUAAACAUUCAUUUGCACGUCAAAAUAUCACUUCCGUGUUUUUUUCAUCAAUAAAAAUAGGAUGUAAAUAAAAUGUGUUGAACGCAUUUGAGGACAUGAAGUAUCACUAAGACAGCCAAAAGAGGUUGGUAGAUGAGAAUGAAUCUAAAGGUAAAAUAUAGUGUAUAAAUACACUCAUUUGCAGGAAAUGUGGUGUUCAUUUUCGACAUUUUCUUCCGGGGGGUUUGCGUGUUAGCACUUCCUACAGAUAGAAAAGUUCCUUUUCUUUAUCUCAAAAGGACAAACUAUUUUCAGCCGCGCGGUGAUUGAUCACAGAGAGCUAACUAGCUUGUGCAGCUACAUUUUUGACAUACUGACCUGCUGCAUCAUGAUCGCCUGUCAGUUGGGGAAAGUUAAGUCUAGAUUAUGAAACAUGCAUCUCACCUGGAUAGUAGAAGGUUGUGGACAUAAACCGAGAAGUUGGUCAACUUUGACAUUCAAUUUAGACCCGAAGAUGGCGAGAAAGACACAAAAUGACCAGCUUAUUUUUUUAACCCUUCACAAGGAUAAUGAUUAAUUCUUCAUCUAAACGGGAAGAUAGAAACAUCCCAUCAGUCGGCAUUCCAGUCAGAGCAGACUUUGUGCAGUAAGUGAUUAUUUAUUAUGUUUGUCUCUCAUGAAGUACGCCGUGAUUGGUCGUGUUGUUGAAGGAAAUAGUGAAAGUUGUGAUCCCUCUGUGAGAAGAUAGGUAUCUAUUACAUGUUAUUAUAAAUGUCACUACAUUACAUAUAUACUUGAGGUGUGUAUACAAAAGUUGGAGGUUUUUGGAUUUUUUUAGAGCGCUUUAUAGGCGACUCCAUUGUAAGCUGACUUUUAUUUACCAGUUAGAAUGCAUAAAAAAAGAAAAAUCUGUUCUUGUGUCAUGUAAGGAUUGUGAAUGAUAGGCAGAAAAGCGCAGUUUGUCCAGUUAAAACACAUUUUCUACGGUCAAAGAUUGGGACCUUAAAGUACAUAACAGCAGCACGUAUGUUUGUGUUGACUACAACUUUUUGGGGCCUUUUCAAUCCCUUCUGCUUCUUUUAUUUCCUUUCAAAUCACACACUGACACAUUUUCUCAGACACGUGUCUGGGUUAUUCAUUAUUAUGGGUCAGGCUUGCUCGCUCCUACACGUGAUAAAAAGUGCCAUGUUUCAAGACAUUUUUCUGAAUGAACACUUCUGCUUGUGUGUGUGUGUGUGUGUAAUAUAAUGACUUGUUGGAUUGUGCAGGCUGGUUUUGAACACAAAACAUUUGCCUUGUGUGCCAGUGUUGCAGCAAAUAAAAUGCCAAUAGUCUUGGGCUGGCCCUGGGAAGGCGAUUGGUCAAUGUAAUGUAUAUUUGACAGCGUUACAUGACAUUACACUGCACAAAAGUCCACGACUAUAUUCAGCAUUAAUUAAAACAGUGUUGACGUCUACAUUUUGGGUAAUAUCAGCACUGUGGUAGAUAUAUUUAGCUUUUUAAAAUGUUUAAUUAUGGAAUGCCUGUGAAAGCACUUGGCAGUCUAAUUCCAGAUGUGUGAAAAAGGGAUUUGUCCGUUUCUUUACCAAUAAAAGA